GACAAAGGCGCCAAAACCGACUCAGCUGGUGGGGGGUGCACCUUUCGCCACGAAGCCACACCCGAGCCCUGUCGGCGAUGAGAUGCAGCAUCCUUGUCCUCCUUUGCGUGCGGCUGAGCGCGCAGUACUGCGCUUAUGUGCCUGGCGGCAACGGAUCCACAUGGUCUCGAUCCAAGUGGCGAGUCGACGGCGGAAUCUUAAUUCGUCAAGUCUCGGAUGGCAUCUGUAAGACAACGACCUCGACCAGCAGUACGAGCAGCUCGACCUCCACUUCGUCCAGUGUGACUUCUUCCAGCAGCGUCACGAGCACCAGCACAAGUCUCACUACAACAAGCUCCAGCAGCACAUCAACAAGCAGCACGACAAGAAGUUCGACCUCCUCUUCCAGCAGUUCGACCAGCAGCUCCACAAGCUCCAGCAGCAGUAGCUCCAGUAGCAGUAGCAGCAUUACAACCAGCAGCUCCACAUCUUCAUCGGUGACAACUUCUUCUCAGACUAGCUCCUCUACCACAGAGACUAGCACAACCACAAGCUCCACAUCAUCAACCACCUUCACAAGCUCUUCCACGUCAAUGACCUCUACUAGCACCACUUCAAGCUCAUCAUCAAGCACGAGUUCCAGCACUAGCUCUACGAGUUCGACCAGUAUGACCACGACCUCAACGUCAGCCAGUACCACCAGUACCACAUCAACAUCGUCCUCCCUUACAACUUCUUCUAGCACAAGCAGCUCGAAGACAACCACAUCGAGCACGACAGAGUCCAAAUCCACAACUAGCAUGACAAGCACUUCGACAACUAGUGUCUCCACAAGCAGUAGCUUAACCACAUCAUCGACAAUAAGCUCAUCGAGCACAACUGCCUCGACCACCUCCACAUCUUCCACCAGCAGCACUAGUACAUCGACCUCGGCAUCUAUUACAACGACAUCCACCAAAAGCUUCUCAACCACUACUGCUUCAACAACAUCUACUUCUGUCACCAGCCUGACCAGCAGUUCAACCUCGCAAUCCACCACCCUGAGCAGCGUCACAGCAACAUCAACCACAACAGCAUCUAUGACUAGCAGUAGCUUCACAACAUCCUCGACGGUCAGUUCCUCCGUUACAACCACUUCUCUCACCAGUGUGACUGGAACUGAAACUGUGGUGAGCACCACUUCUUCAGUUACGUCCACGACAACAGCAACCAGCAAAUCAGAAACAACUACUACCGUAACGUCAACAACUUCAAUCAGCACAACACUAAGUACAACGAGCAUCUCUUCAACGUCAACAUCUUUCACCACCACAUCUUCAACCAGCUUGACGCAGAGUUCAACAUCCAAAAGCACGACCACUAGCAAAUCAACGACAUCCUCCGUAACAUCUUCCAGCUCCACAGCCACCUCUGUGACCAGUACAUCAACAACACUUACUUCUACGACCAGCCAAACCGGCAGCUCAACAUCAAAAUCCACUACGACCACAUCCACCUCCAUUUCAUCUAGCACAACCACAUCGACAUCGUCCACGUCUGCAACCAGUACAAGUAGCAGUUCAACAUCACAAUCCACCACAAGCAGUAGUCUCUCAACAACAUCCAGUGCAAGCUCAUCAAGCACGACUGCUUCAAUAACUUCAACAUCAAGUACUUCAACCUCAACAACAAGCACAUCCAGUAGCUUAACAACAUCAUCUACUGCUAGUUCAUCUAGCACCACUGUUUCAACAACUUCAACUUCAAGUAGUUCAACAUCAACCACGAGCACAUCAAGUAGCUUAACGACGUCAUCCACUGCUAGUACAUCUAGCACGACUGCAUCAACAUCAAGCACAUCAUCAACCAGUGCAACCAGCACUUCUACAUCAACCAGCAGCAGCAGCAGCAGCUCAAGCAGCUCAUCCAGCGGCACUUCAUCUACGACCAGCUCGUCCAGCACAACAAGCUCACUGACCUCCACCUCCUCCAGCAGUGCCACGAGCAGUUCCAGUACCAAAACCACGUCCAGCAGCAGCGUGACCAGCACCUCCAGCAUGACAAUGACCAGCACCAGCUCCACGAUCAGCACCAGUAGCACCACCAGUACUAGCAGCUCUUCCAGCUCCUCCAGUGCCACAAAGACCUCAACGACCAGCGUCUCGAGCACUAGCAGUUCCAGAACCAGCAGCAGCAGCACGGUGAGUGUGACUUCAACGUCAUCUUUAAGCUCCACUUCAAGCACCCAGACGACCAUCACCAGUACCUCUUCGACGUCCAGCCGCACGAGCACGACUUCAGGCACAACUACUUCGAUUUCGAACACGACCACGAGCAGUACAGAAACCUCAACCAGCUCCACUUUUUCCACCACCACAUCGAGCACCAGCAGCACAGUUGAGAGGGCUUGGUGUCGGAAGCUUUAUGGUGGCGUGCCGGUGGAGUCAGAGAUUUGCCAAGCGGGAGCGUUGGACCAUGACUACUGCUUGGCUCCCGAAGAUCUGUGGGACUUCGGCUGCAGCGGCCGGGGGAGCUCGGCCAUGUGCCCUCGCGAGACGGAGACCUCCGGCGGCGGCACCUGCAACAGGUGUGCAACGGUGGUCAUGGAGGAUUGGGAUCAACAAGUUUGGGUUGGCGGCGAGAUACGUUGGGCACCAUUUGGCGCCACAGAAGAAGAGGAACUGCGACUUGAGGGAUACCAUGUGUGGGCAAUUGACGAGUGUGGAACGGAGCUCACACAUUUGGGAAGCCGCCCUGUGAGUUCCAACAUGACCGACAAGGCUGGGGAGUGCUGCUCCUCUGCCUGGUACCUGCUGAACUUCGGCCACGACGUGCCGCGGGAAAUGGUGAGUCUAUCAAUCUCCACCUGGCAGGACCAUCUGGCGACAGUGAUUCCACUCUUCCAACGGACCACUACAACCACGACGGUUACCAGUGUAACCUCGUCCACUACGACAGUGUCCUCCACCACCAGUUCGAGCAGUAGCAGCUCCAGUAGCUCUACUUCGAGCAGCACGAGCUCAACGAGUUUGAGCAACACUUCGAGCACCACUAGCAGCACCAGCACCAGCACGUCCUCGAGCACGACGUCGAGCAGUUCCUCCAGCAGCAGUAGCAGCUCCAUCUCGCAGACCAGCACCACAGAGAGCACCACAUCAGUGACCACCUUCGAUGUGGCUCCUGCUCAACUGGCGGGCUGCAUGGGGCUCUCGGUCUCCGAUGCCUCGCGCUUCGCGAAUUCACCCGAUGCCAUCGAAGCGGUGCGCCAGAUGUUGGCAAGGGCCGCCGGGGAGCUGGUGCGGCCGACCUACGUGCAGGAUCUUCGGCUUUCGGUCGGUGCCACCUGCGAUGGGCCAGUGCGACGGCUGGAGCCCGCAGACGUCGACGGCAAGUCUCGGCGGCUGCAAGAGCUGCUGAAGACGGAGUAUGUCAUUGUGUUCCCUGCGGCCUUGGGUAUUGAAGCUGCCGUGGAGGCUAUCCAGGCCAGUCAGGCUGCACUCAGCACCGUCACCGUGGAAGAGGUGACGGCGAUCUUGAAAGAAGAGGUGCAAAGUCUUCCGAGCAUUGCGAAUAUUCAGGUGGCUGUGAGUAGCAUUACUGUGCAAAUCGAUGUGACGAAUGAAGAUGCCACAGCCGGACUUCUCUUCUGCACUCCAGAGCAAAUGCCUGGCAUCGAAGGAGUCCAAGGUGAGAACUUCUCCUGCGAGGGCAGCGCUGGAAUUGGACAGACCUGCCGCAGCGCCUGUGAGCUGGACGGUGAGGCAGUGAUUGUGUGUUGGAGCGAUCGACGGUGGCUGAUCAAAGAGGGAUGCCCCGCCCAGCAAGAUGACUCUCCAAUCGUGGCGAUCAUGGCCGCGACGUUGGCCACCUUGUGCGGCCUGGUGUUGCUGGUUGGAGUUGCCUUUGCUCUCUUCAACAAGAGGACCCCGGUGACUGCGAUCGAAGGGGCAGAGGCCGAAGGCCUUGGGAAGCUUCAACCGUUCAGCCCACAGAGUUCAGAGGUGGACCCGCCACCUCCCCCGGGAAACUUAAACCUUUUGACCAUGGAUGGCGCAUUUGCACGAGCAGAGCCACCCAUCACUUCGCAAUCUGCAAGUGUGCUGCAAGUGGUGGAUGACAAUGCAGCUUUUCGAGUCUGGGUUCAGCAAGAUCUUCCAGCCGACCCAGUGGCACCCGAACUAGCAUAUCCUGGCAUGGUGGGAGGCAUGUGAUGUGAACCAAUCACGUCAGUGACGCGAGUGAUACUGAUGUGAUGUAAUUGGUGAUCCUGAAAGGAUUCACCAUUUGAGAGGGAUCGGGAAUGAAUAGUCAGAUGGCUGCACGAGCCGAUGUGUGGCAGUUUUUAGUGAACACAUAUAAAACCUAAUGCCAGGCAGCCGUUCGGAACAGUGCUUUGCAGUUUCGGGUG